AACCCAUACACAUAAUAGGCAGCUACGAAACUUUCUACUCUCUGCCAUAAACUUUCCUUUUUUCCUCUCCCUUUAGUAGAAAUAUAAAACCAUGGGAAUCGCAGAAGAAAGCAGCAAGCCAAUGUGGGGUAGCGUGAGCCACACGUCUCCAGGUCCAGGCCACUCUCUCAACGGCAAAAUCAUGCUCUCCUCCGUAAUCAUCCUCUUCGCCGCCGUGCUCAUGAUGCUCUGCUUCCACAGCUACGCCCGAUGGUUAUUCCGUCGUCAAAACCGUCGCAUUCGCCGCCGUAUUCGUGCUCACCUCCGCGCUCUCUCCGCCUCCACCAUCUCCUCGACCUCCCUUUCCCCUCUCGACACGGCGGUUCUCGAGAAGAUUCGUAUCUUCGUUUACUCCUCCGAGACUCAUCAUCAAACGCCACUGGAGGAGUGCUCCGUUUGCUUGUCGGAGUUCGAAGAAGAGGACCAAGGCCGUAUCCUCCCUAAAUGUGGCCACGCUUUUCACGCUGACUGCAUCGAUACUGGGUUCCGUUCCAGAUCCACUUGCCCUCUUUGCAGAGCUCCGGUUCAACCCGAAAGUCCCUCGACCCGACCCGAAUCAGCAGAACAAGCCGCUUCGGUUAAACAACAGGUGGAGGACAUAGAAACAGGAAGUUCUUCUUCCUCCUCCUCCUCUUCUUCGUCUUCGCCGUUGAGAUUUCCGAUGGAGGCGUGUGAGAGAGAACCAAUAGAUUUAGUCGGUGUCAUGGUGGAGACUCCCCACAUAAUUUGAAGGCUCUAAUAAUAACAAUCCGGUUCUACCCAACAGCCAUAACGGAUCCACAUUUCCGGGUAAUCUGGUUGUAUCUUUGAAAAGACUAUGGAGCAUCUGGAGAAGCGUGCGGGCAAAGCAAAUGAUAUUUUUUUCUUUUCUUUUUUAAAACCGCAUGAGAUU